AUGGGACGGGGCAGGGCAAGCCAGGGUAAGGUUUUAACGGGGAAGAGCAACCUGACAUCAGGUUUUGCACCUUUCUCGUUUGCUUCAUCCCAGAUUUCAUGGUACCUGAAUUCUACUGCUGGACUUUCCACUUUAUGGACCAGCAGGCCGUUUUCGAUUGAUGGAGAUUACACAUAUGAAUCAUCUUUUAUCACACCCAUCCUUGUGAGUGGAAAUAAUAAUGGAAAUAAGUAUCACUUCUGUGGCUUCUACUGCAAUAGCCAAAGUGUUGAAUGCGUUCUCGGGAUCUUCUUUGCAUCCCCGGACAACAAAUUCAUGGAUCCCCAGUUGGUUUGGUCUGCUAAUCGAGACCGUCCAGUGAAAGUCAAUGCAACCUUGCAACUAGGCCUAGAUGGAAACUUGGUCUUGGCAGACUCUGAUGGCACUUUUGUUUGGUCCACUAAUACUACUGGCAAAUCUGUUUCUGGCUUAAGCAUGACAGAAAUGGGGAAUCUCGUGCUCUUUGACAAAGCCAAUCGCACAAUUUGGCAGUCUUUCGAUCAUCCUACGGAUUCUUUGCUCCCAGGGCAGAGCUUGGUUUCUGGGAGGAAGCUCAUAGCAAGCAUUUCAGCAACCAAUCAGAGUCAAGGUUUGUUUUCUCUUGCUAUUCUCAAUAGAAGCCUGACCACUUACAUCGAUUCUGAUCCACCUCAGAUUUACUAUGCUUCAAGAAAGCCAGCUAGUACGUAUUUCAGUUUUGAUGGUCAAGUGCUUACUGCUCCGCCAUACUCUCCUACAUCACCAGCUGAAUUCAUGAAGUUUGGGCCUGAUGGACACUUCCGGGCAUACCAAUGGAACGAGAACACAUCUACUUGGAAAGACAUAUCUAAUCUUUUGCUUAAUCUAUAUGCACAGAACUGUGGGUAUCCAAUGGUGUGUGGAAGAUAUGGCAUUUGUACAAGUAACGGCCAAUGUAGCUGUCCGCCAGAUCAAAAUUUCUUUAGGUCAUUAGAUGAGAGGAAAAAAAAUGUUGGAUGUUUACAGCUGACAUCCAUUUACUGCAACUCUUCGCAGUAUCAUAGUUUCGUAGAGCUCAAAAAUACCACAUAUUUUGCAUUUGAGUACAAUCGUGAAAUAAUUCCAAGCAUAUUAUGGUUUGAGGGGAAAAAGUUGGAAGAUUGCAAAAGGGCCUGUCUAAGAAAAUGUUCCUGCAAAGCUGUUGUCUUCGGAUAUGAUUUAGAUGUUAAUAGAACUGGGAGCUGUUUAUUACUGAAUGAGGUCUUUUCCCUCGUAGACACCGAUGACAGAAUGCACAAGAGAGUACUUCUUAAGGUGCAGAAAUCCUCAAACACACAGAAUCAGUCUCAAACCAUUUCUGGAGGAAAAAAGUCAAGACCUCACAUAGUGAUAAUAGGAUCUACUCUUGCAGCUUUCUUUGGGAUAAUGUUAAGUGUCACAGCUUUCUUCGUUAUCUUUAAAAAGAGGACAAAAGAUUCCAGAAAGGAUGGGGGUUUUCUGGACCUCGAACCAAUCUUUCCGGGAAUGCUAACUCGGUUCUCUUACAAUGAGCUAAGAAUAAUAACUGAAAAUUUCAGCAGCAAGCUCGGGGAAGGAGGAUUUGGCUCAGUAUAUGAAGGAACACUGAGUAAUGGCACAAAAAUAGCUGUAAAGCGUCUGGAUGGUCUAGGUCAUGUGAUGGAAUCAUUCUUAACAGAAGUAAACAUAGUCGGUGGCAUUCAUCACAUUAAUCUG